CGAACCUAGGCCGCGUCAAUAAUUUAAUUUCAUGAGAUUUCUUCGUCAUAGUCUCAUCCAGGUUCAAGGGAUCAGGAGGUUGAAUAUGCAUCUACUCAUUCUUCUCGUUGUGCUGCUCCUGGAGAGAGGACAAACUAGUCCUUUAAACCUGAACACAACACAUUUGGAAGGAAGAGACCAAAGACAACUAUCCCUGUUUGCUGUUGUUAAUUUCCCGAACCUAAAAUGUACAACGAAAACUGGUUCUACAACCUACGGUACAUGUAUCUCAACAUCGGAAUGUACAUCACGGUCCGGGUCUGCUUCAGGAACUUGUGCUGCAGGAUUUGGAGUCUGCUGUUAUAUGGCUGUUUCCACUUGCGGGUCAUCCUUGUCCUACAACAAUACAUAUAUUCAAAACCCUGGAUAUCCGUCUACGUAUACGCCAACUACAACUGGAACUUGUGUUUACACUGUUAACAAGGCUAGCUCUGAUGUUUGUCAGCUGCGGCUGGAUUUCCAGACAUUCUCCGGCUUCGCUGUAACAUCAGUUGGUGCUAAAACUGAUUCAAUGGCCGCCGCUGGACAAACCGGGAAAAAUCCGCCAACAAUUUCUGGAACAAACACGGGAUAUCACAUGUAUGUGAAUGUUGGAGCAGAUUCUACUGAUACAGCAACAUUAACCAUGACCUGGGGGGAUAUUGCUACUGCUAAACAGUACAAUAUAUUUGUACAACAGAUUGAAUGCUCCUCAGCAUAUAAGGCUCCCCAAGAUUGUGUACAGUACUUCACUGGUACUACAGGGACUAUUCAAAGCUACGGAUGGGCUGGAAGCCAACUGUUAGCUGGGAUGGAUUACAAUAAUUGUGUCAGAACUGAACUGGGCUACUGUGGUAUCCAGUAUAAGGAAACUUCUGGAACUUCAAUUGAUGCUUUUGCUAUCUUUGCCACCAUAACCAAUACACAGAUCGCCCUGGCAGCACUUGCAGAAUCAACAGAUGGUGUGUGUUCAGCACAAGGUACCAUGGUAACUAUACCGAUGACAUCUCUUGAUGGAGUAUCUCCUCUUCCAAUAGCGACCAAUGUACCUCCUUUUCCUACUGAGUUCUGUGGAGGUCUUUUCGGUAUUUCUACAGGAUCCGUAGCAACACCUGUACAGAGUAACCAGAGACCAUUUAAUGUUCAUUUGUUUACAUCUGCUACUCCCACUCUAGAUUCUGCUUCAACUGCUACCACUGGAUUCUCACUUGAUUAUACUCAGAUCCCCUGUGGAAUAUAAUCUGGAUGCGAGGAUUUGAAAAACCAGCAGAAACUAUUUCUUACUGAUCUAGAAACCUUGAUACAAUUUAUUAUAGGCUACAAUUGUUAUGUUAUUGUGAAAAUAUAUCUGUAAAAAUCAUGUU